UAGAUACUCGUUUGGCACGUUUAAAAAAUUCAGGUACUGAAAAGUGGCACUAGGUCCAAUUUACUGGGUGCUCGGGAGUAUUUUGAAAAAAAAAAAUCCGAUUUCCUCGAAACAGCCUGCCAUUCCAACAGCCAAGCUUUUCGCGAGGAGUCGGAGUCGGGGAUAACUCUCACUGUCGCUUGCUCCGUUCAUUUGCGGAUUUGCAAUUAGGAAACGAAACGGCAUUUGUGCAUUUUGAGUUUUAGUUGGUGUAUAAUGUAUGGAGCCUCCGCCUCGGCCACCAAGGAAUGUGAUGGAAGCAGGGGGAGGGUUAGGCAUCACUUCUAUCGGAGAAGACAUCCUUCAAAUUAUCCUCUCGAAGCUCCCCGCUUUAUCCUUCGCAUCUGCCGCCUGCGUCAGCAGCACCUGGCAUCGUCUCUGCGCUCUAAUCCUCUCUCGCCCUAAGCUUCUCUCUGCUCUCUCUCUAAACCCCCGUCUCGAGAUUGCUGUAAAAGAGACUCUUGACAAGGUUCUGUCCCAGCCUAUUCGACCGCAUUUUGCUAUCGCCUGUGUUGGCAGGAAGUUCAGCUUGAAGAAAACUCAUCAACUCGUUAGGGCAAAAUUAGGCUCCCGAAUCCCUAUUGUCGUUUCUGCAGCUGGUGGUAUCAUCGGUAGUGAUGCUCUUACCAAUGAAUUCGAAGAGGUUAAAUGGGAGGAAGAUGACAGUGGUGAAAAUCAAAUGCAUAAUUCGCCGGCCAAUGUGAAUCGUGGAAUCGUUUUGAUCGUUGGGUUUAUGCCGGGAUUAAAAGUCAAUGCUAUCCCACUUUUACGAUCAAGGGAGGAACCUCCUCAAGAGGCCAUGAUGAACAAGUUUGUGAUGGAUAUCAAGGAUUACACAGCUUCCAUAUCAGGUUGCUCCUCUCCAACGGGGAUUUUGAUGUUUGCAGAUCAAAAUUCUGACAUGAAACCUGUUCUUCAUAAGAUGGAUUAUGCCCUGUCAGAGGAAACUGUCAUUGUGGGUGAUGAGAGUGGAUGCUUUUUAUACAGCAGUGGAGAUGAUUCCUUAACUUCUGGUGGAAGUCAAGGAUACUUUUCAUGCAAGAAUACCAAACAACCAUCAUAUGGAAAUUAUAAUUGUGAUGCUGUGGCUCUUGUGUUUGCUAGGGACAGAGGCAAGCCACAUGCAGGUCUAGGAGAAAUUCAGUUUCAUCUUGCACUGUCAACAGGUGUAUCACCUGUUGGCCCUACAUACAAGGGGGCUUCAGUUAGAGUAAAUAAAGGCAAAGAAUCUGCAUGUUCUACAUGGCUCACUGCCAGAAGAGAAGGGUUUGUUGAGAAGUUUGAUGGUCAAAGAAUUCUACAUGAUAUUGAUGAUGAGAUGGGAAAUGGCAUUUUUUGUGAUGAUCUGUACAUCGGGGUUGUGAAACGAAGGAAAUGCUCAAUUGGAUCAGAGAAAGGGAGGCUGGUCUCAUCAUUGGCAUUUCAUGAAGUUUUGGGGGGAGAUGAAGAAUACCUUUAUGUUAAGGGUAAUGGAAUUAAAACAGGGGAUCCCUUCCGCUUCUAUCAUCCAGACCCUAAAGUUGCUUUAACAUCUCGCAACAAUGUCUUUGAGGAUUUCAGAAUUUUGAAGCAAGACUUGUACUGCAAAGGUUGUCAUCAUGUGAGGGGUACUGCAGAGGCUGGUGAAAGGAAGUUAGUCUUCGGAGGACUUGUAUUCUCUUGCUAUGGUCGUGGAGAGUCCUUUUUUGGAUGCCCGAAAGUUGAUAGCUUAGCUUUCUUGGAGGAUUUUCCUGGGAUACCAUUAGCUGGAAUGUUUUGUGGUGGGGAGAUUGGCCGCGGCUUCGCAAGCUCAGCCAUGCAAUAUGACAGUGAAGAACGAAGUACUCCCAGUUGCUGUCUACAUGUUUACAGCACAGUGUAUCUUGUGAUGUUGUAUACUUCAAAAUCUCCGGAAUGUUAGGAUCUGUGGAGGUCAAGCAGAAGAUGGUCCAUUUAUACUUGGAGGCGUGAGCCGUAUAUUGGGUCUGGUUUACUUUUAGGAUAUACAGUCGAUCAUGGAUGUUAUACAACGCUGGGAUAAUCUGAUAUGCAUGCCUGGAUAACAUGUUUCUGCAUGACGUUGCUACCGGCUGGAUCAUGAUUUGCUGCAUAUUUAAUGACUAUGAUAUCGGAAAAAUUUUUUACCAA